GCUUUAUAGAUAAUGAGGAAGUGGGAGAAGUGUAGAAACAUUCGAGACGUCGGUUGAAGUCCCCGGCUUUUCUAACAGUAUUCUAACUGCAUUGACCAUCGUAUCACGUGUUUGAAAAAUAGCUCUUGGCUGCAAAAAAAUAAAUUUCUCUAGGCUGAGGAGGCAUACCCUCGAAUCCAUAUUUGGUCGCAAUUUACCCUUCAAAUCACCCAUGAAGAACGCUUAAUAGCUGCCACAAUUUUGUCAUUAGUGUGACAACAGACAUGACCAACUCAAAAGAUGUUUUGAUAUGAGAGGUUACCGGAUUUGACACCAUAAGCUCAGGCUGAAGCUCACCACAAACCAUUUUUUGCAGGGAACUCGAAUUUGGAUUGGGGAUUGUCUUUUACUGUAAAUGGAGGACUAUGACUCGCUUUGCGAUCAAUUGGUCAAAUGGGUAUAGAUGAAGUGAGCUUUCAAGAGUUUUUAGUACAGAUUGAGCCCUCUAUCUGUGAGUUAAUUUUUGUCGAGCUGAAACUUCUGGGAGGCUGAAAGCAGAUCCUAGGGAAGCCCACAUCAGUUGACGAGGUACUGAACAGUAAAUAACGAUGAGGAAGCGGUAAAAGGCAGCGAGAAGUGGACAAGGGUGCUGCAGAUGCAUCAGAAACCGUUUUCGUACAUAAGAUUCUUUUUCUGAUAAGCGUAUUGGUCAUUCUGGAAGCCAAUUGCCUUUAGGACAAGAAAACGAAGACCAGAUUGUUGGGCUCGUAAAGGAGAUGGUGACAAAGCAAGGCUUCUGCUUGCUAGGGUUUCCUGAUGCAAAGCAAUUGUCCGAGUUUGCUAGGCUUGUGUUUCUGUGAGGCUGGAAGAAAGAUCACAGGAAAGACGCCAUGGAAAGGACACAUCAAUAUCGUCACCAAGGCCGAAGCCGGAACCCUUCGUCCUCCCAUUCUUCUUCUUCUUCUUCUUCUUCUUCUUCUUCCUCUUCUUCUUCUCUGACUGAAUCAUCGCGCUUCACCCCACCUGACAGGAAUAGCACCAAAUUUUCUCGCUUUAACCCAAACACUAGAAGCAACAAUGUAUCUAACAACACAGCCGGUACCCGUGAUGGCUCCGAGUGGAGACCCAGAAGAGGAUCAAGAAGCAAUAGCACCACCCACCAUGGGAAUUUGAAAGCAGGAGCACAAGCAGAUGAAGUAAGAGUAAAAGACGAGGAUUCUUCAAUUCUAAUCGGAACUUGCCCUUUUAUGUGCCCAGAGAGUGAAAUGGCACAACGAGAGCAGCUGCGAGACUUAGCUGUGUUUGAGAGGCUACACGGAAAUCCAAGGAAAACAUCUCCAAGUCUAGCUGUCAAAAAGUUUUGCAGAACUAUAUCAACCAAGCACCUGCAGACAUCUGAUGUGCGGCCACUCCCAGUAUUGGAAGACACUUUGAGCUACCUUUUAAAAGUGGCAGAUUCUGCGGACCAUCCUUUUGAAGUAGUCCAUGAUUUCAUCUUUGACAGGACUAGGUCCAUAAGACAAGAUAUGAGCAUGCAGAAUAUAGUCAAUGAUAAAGCAAUCUACAUGUAUGAGAAAAUGGUUACAUUUCAUGUUGUAUCUCAUUAUAAGCUUCGAUGCUGUGGUAGCAAUGCAAAUAUAUCCUCUGUGCAUUAUCUCAACAUGGAGCAGCUUAUAAAGGCUCUUACAUCUCUAUUUGAACUGUAUGAUGCAAAUCGGAAUACCACUUCUAUUUUUGAGAAUGAGGCUGAGUUUCGUUCAUUUUAUGUGCUGCUUCAUCUUCAUUCUAGAAGCCAACCAACGGGGGAGUCACUUUCUUUGUGGUUUAGCCGUGUGCCUCAUUGGAUUAUCAAAUCAGAAAGGAUGUGUUUUGCCAGGAGUAUUUUACGAACUUUUCGUAUGGGCAAUUACAAGCUAUUCUUUUGUACAAUAGCUGCUAAGGCGUCCUAUCUGCAGUACUGUAUUAUUGAACCUUACAUUAAUGAGGUUCGAGCUUUAUCUCUGUCAUGUUUAAAUAAUGUUGGCUACAAGCUCCAUCCAUAUCCUUUGGUACACCUAUCAAAGCUUUUGAUGAUGAAGGAAUCAGAUUUGCAACGAUUUUGCAAUGCUUGUGGCCUUGAGACCUGCACAGAUGAAAUGGGAAAUAAGUUGUUACCCACCAAGCAAACAACAUUCUGUAUUCCCAAGGAAGGAUUUCAAAGAAACGAUUUUCCAGGUUUGGAGCAGUUUGAGAAGUAACUUCACGUGUUAAGUAAUUAUUUGGAGGAUUGUUCGUGUGUUGGAUGCCCUGUUUCUUCUGCGCCAUUAGUGUAAUCUGUAUGUAAUAGAAAGGAGCUUGGAGAGGAAUACCUUUCUUGUACGCUUGUCGUUAUCAAUUAUUUUGAAUUUCUGAAGGCUA